ACUGCCUUCUUGCCUCAGUGGCUUUUGGAGGUUUUUGCGAGCUUCAGGGUUGUGCAACAGGUGUCCUGAAUCAUCCCAUCAAGCGCAUUCUUCGUGUUCUCUGGCCCAGCAAUAAAAGCCUCGCCCCAUCCACCAUCGCCCGACGAAAUCUCGUUUCCUGUCUUUUUUCCUUCGAAAAUCUGCUGUAAAUUUUUCUUUAUUGCCCUUCCUUCCUACCGGGCCCAGGUUGAUCAUAUAUCCCUUUCUUUAUCGAGAAAUAAACACCUCCCAUGUCCACCUACGAUACUGCCACUUCCACGCCCGAUGCUGUGUCGCCCAAGCAGGCUGACGCCGCUGUGUUUGAGGAUUCGCGCAGCGAGACCUCGACUGUGGACACCGAGGAUGAUGCCAAGAUUGAUCUCAACACGCUCACGUUUUUCACGCGCGUGUACGAGCUGCCUGUGGUGAGUGACACCCUGUCGAGCAUCUACAAGAUCGCCGAGUCAAACCGCUACACGUCCUCGAUCAUCAGCUAUGCUGAGAAGAUUGGCGGGUUCGCCGAGAAGUCCAAGCCGCUGCUGAAGCCGGUCGAGAAGCCGCUGGUGGUCCCUCGAUGGAUAUGCGACGCGCUCGCUGGAGCUGAUCGAGAGCAAGUACCCGAUUGUUGCCAAGCCGACGAACGAGGUCAUUGAGUCCUGUGAAGACAGGCGCCAAGGAUGUCGAGAACAAGUAUCCGGUGAUUGCCCGCACC